AUGGCCGCUGCCUGGGCGGCGCACGCUCCCGAGCUGCCGCCGCCCCGGCCGCGCUCGCGCAUGGCCUCCUCGUCGCGCCCCUCCUCGCCCCUCAUCCCGCCGGGCCGCUCGCAGUCCAUCGAGUUCGACGCGGCCACACGCGGCGGCGAGCUGCCGCCCUCGAGCUUCAGCCCCGCGCCCGAACGCCCGGCCAGCCGCACUGCGCCGGAGCGACGCCUCUCCUCGGCCGCCGACGUGCCCGAGCGGCCCGUCAGCCGCAACGCCAUGUCGCGCGAGCGCGCUGCCCAGCGCAGCCGGGCCGAGAGCGGCGCCAGCUCCGCGACCACAGCCGCUCCGUACGCGGCGCCACCAGCGCACUACUCGCCGCACUCGGCCUCGCCUGCGCCGGGCGAGCAGCCGCGUGCGCGCUACGACAGCAGCCCCGCUGUGCCGUCCGCGAGCCCGCACGGCUACUACGGCGGCGUCGCCGCACAUCCACCGCCGCAGCCGUGGCAGACGUCGCCGUACGACUCGCCUGGUCCGUCGCACGUGCAGGCUGCGCCGCCUCCGGCUCAGUACGGGUAUGCGCCGCAGCAUCAGCAUCCCGCCUAUGCGCAGCCGCACGUGCCGCAGCCGUCGUACCACGAUCCGCAGCAGAUGGCGCAUCUGGCGCAGCAGCAGCACUACCAGCCGCCGCACGGCCAGCAGCCUGCCGUGCAUGGCUGGCAUGGACAUCCGCCGCCGCAGCAGUACCAGCAUGGCGCUCCGCCUGCAGGUGCUCCCUGGCCGGGCGCCGCAACGCCGCCACAAGCUCCCUACUAUGCAGCUCCGCCGGCUCACGCAGCGUAUGCACCACCGCACUCCUCGUACCCGUCCUCUCCGGUCACCUACGCUCCGGCACCGUGGCAGCAGCCGCCGCUGCCAAGUCCUGGUCAUGCGCCAUACACAGGCGCCGCUCCGCCGCACGUGUACGCACAGCCCGCACCACCAGGUGCUUCUCCUGUCCCAGGCGGCCGGCCACUGCCGCAGCCCGGCGGCGCGCCCAUGCCUCCGCCAGCACGCUCUCCCUCGCUGCCAUCGCCUGCAGGCGGCGGCCUGACGAGUGCGCCGUCGGUGCGUCGGACUCUGCCGCAGCCGCCGCCUGGUGCAUCGCCCGUCAUGCCUCCUCCGUCCGGUGUGCUUCCAGCGCAGUCGAUCAAUCGUGCCGACAGUCUGCGCAUGGCUGCCGAUGCGCUCAUGGCUCGCGGUCCUCCUCGGCGAGGCACUGGCACGCUCGGCCGCAUCGCAGCGCAGAACAGCAUGUCGCCCAGUUCCAGCAGCGUUCCGUCGUCUCCCUCCACGCAGCAGUACUUUCCGCCACGCGGCAGUGUGCCUCCGUCGCCGAGCAUCCAGAGCGUGCCGAGCACGAGCGGCUCUGUCGACUCGAUCGACAGCGUCACGCGUGACUUUGCACAGAUUGGCAUGUCGCCGUCUGGGUCUGCGGGUGCGAGUGGCAGCGCACAGGUGCAAGUGCCCAUGCCGCCGCCACCACGACCCUCAUCGCGAGGCCCACGCGAUGACCUCGUGUCGGGUCGCGAGCGUCGAGCGAGCACGCCCGGUCCGAGCAACGUCACCCCGACUCCGUCUGCACGUGCGACGCCAAGGCCGGCAUCUGUUGUGCUCGCGAGCCCUGCCAGCAUUCCAGUCAUCCACAGCCCGCCUCCAGACACCAAGCCGCCGAUGCCCACGAUCAGCUUUGUUGACGAUCCGCCGACUUCGCCGGCUCGUGGUCCUACGAUCGUCGUUGGCCAGCCCUCUCGCGCCAUGCCCAGCAUCUCUGUCGUGGCCGACGCGCCGCAGAGCAUCUCUGUGCAACCGAGCCCACCUGCGCCUUCUAUCGCGGUCGGACAGCACUCCGAUGGUGCGCCGUCCAUCGCUGUGUCUGGACCGUCGAUCUCAAUCGCAGGCGUCGACGACGAGGACGACGAGGCCGUCAGCGCGAUCAAGCCGAGCAUCAGCAUCUCGCACUCUGGUCCACUGGCCUCGCCGCAGCGUGUGUCGCCGUCGGCAUCGCCUGCCUCCACUGUGCGUGGCACGGGCGGCAUCAACGGCUCCGAUGCGGCGUCGGCACCGACGCUCGGGUCCGGCUAUGGCUGCGGCACGUGUGGCAAGUGGAUCGGCGGGCGCGUCGUCUCGGCCAUGGGCCAGCGCUUCCACCCGGCCUGCUUUGCCUGCUCGCAUUGCUCUGAGCCGCUCGAGCACGUGGCCUUCUACGAGCACGAGGGCAAGGCCUUCUGCCACUUCGACUACCACGAGCUGUUCAGUCGCCGCUGCUUCCACUGCCGCACGCCCAUCGUGGACGAGCGCUUCAUCACCAUCAGCGACCCGCAGCUCGUGGGCGCGACAGACGACCCGAAUGCUAGCGCCGAGCGCAGCUAUCACGACCUGCACUUCUUCUGCGCAAACUGCGGCGACCCGUUCCUCGAUCCGAAAGCUGCCGGCAGCGUCGCAGGCGCGGACCCAAACGGCCUGGGCGUGGACGAAGAAGGCAACAUACGCGCUGGCGGACGCGAGUUCGUCGUCUGGAAGGGCUACCCUUACUGCGAGAAGUGCCACAUCAACCUGCACAAGCCGCGCUGCAAAGGCUGCCGGCAGCCCAUCGCCGACGGCGACAUCAUCUCGGCGCUGCGCGGCAAGUGGCACCCGCACUGCUUCGUGUGCGAGGCCUGCCGCCGGCCGUUCGAGAGCCCCAACUUCUUCAUCCGCGGCGACAAGGCGUACGAUGAGGACUGCUACAAGGUCCUGCUCCGCAGCGAGCUGUGAGCUCCGCUGUUGCUCUUUCUCACCCUCUCGUGUCGACGUUUGCUCGACACCAUCCAACGUCAUCAGCCUUCGCCCUUGUCGAACCGACCGGCGCAGCUUCAGUCUCGAGCCGCCAUCACACGUGUAUUACAGCAUGCUCGCAUUGUCAUCAUCUCGCCCGCCCGAGCUCAGGUAUAGUGAUUGUGUGCCCAACCUUAGGCCGUCGCAGCCGCGCCGGUCUUUGCGAUGUGCGCAAAGCCCUCGACGACGCUGUCCUUAAUCUGAAACGGCCGAGUCAGAAAGCACCAGGUCCACGGCGCGGGCAGGCGGCACUCACCGGCCUAG